AAGACGUAAUUGAAUGUGAGGACCUCAUGAAGUGUGAGUGUGUGACUCUUGCUCAAGCCACUGGUUUGAGUUUGAUUUUUUUGGGGCUGAGCGUUAUUACAAAUGUUAACAUUAUUAAGCAGUAAGCACUGAACUGAACACCAAUUAUUUAUUUAUUUUAAUUUCCCCCCCUUUUAUUAUAGCUGCGAAGCAUGCAAUUGUCGUCACUGUCCAGCGUAGCGAAGGUUCCAUUUAGCGUGAAAGCGCAGUUUCCCACCGUAAAGAAGAACAAUUCCAUGGCGGAGUCCACCGCGCCUAAGUGGGCCCAGAAAACCAUCUCUCUACCUCCUUACAGACGCGGUUGCCACCUCGUUACUUCUAAGAUAGCCAAAGAAAUUGAGCAAGACCUUUCUGGAUUCAAGUGCGGCCUUGCUCAUCUCUUCUUGCAGCACACUAGUGCUUCUCUUACUAUCAAUGAGAAUUAUGACACUGAUGUUCGCGAUGACACCGAGACUUUCCUCAAUCGAAUUGUUCCCGAGGGGUCAUCUGCGCCUUGGAAGCACACUCUAGAGGGUCCUGAUGACAUGCCAGCUCAUAUUAAAUCAUCAAUGUUUGGUUGUGCUCUCACGGUACCAAUUACAAAUGGAAAACUUAACAUGGGAACUUGGCAGGGUAUAUGGCUGUGUGAGCACCGGGAUCAUCCUACCUCUCGAAGAGUUGUUGUCACUCUUAAUGGAAUAUGAGGUGUUAAGCUCCAUUUGCUCUGCUUCAUCUUUGCAAGUGUGAUAGGCUUUGGAACUAAUAGCAGGAUAUGUAUGCAAUGUAUUUACUCUCUUAACCGUGUAGUAAUCUGAGUACUUGGUAUGGAUGCAAUACAACUGUGAAACGUAUUCUGACCAUUUAGUGCGUGUAAUUAUUCCAAAUAAUGAGUUACUUUCUUUAGUGACCUUUUAUGAUAAAAUAUUCCGAACAAUUGGUCAAUUUA